AUGACUGUUGAGCAUGUUCAGCUCGGUACUGGUCCUCCGAAGCGUGGCGAGCUUCAAUCAUUCUACCCUCCGAAGUUUACGUGGUGGCAACUAAAAUUGUUCAUCAAUUCUGGUGAUCUCGGUCUGCUUAAGCGAGACAAGAAGCUUCAGGAGAGAUACCGUGAGUGGUCACUCAGGAUAAAGGAGGAGUACGGGUCGAUCGUGGACUACUUGCUUAACUAUCGCUUGCAAUGGGGAAGACCCGAUCGACUUUCGCUUUUGCCUUCUCAACUCGAUUACGUGGAGAUACCUUUGUGCGAGUUACCUGAGGAUGCUCCGAUUCCCGAGUACUUCACCGCCGACACGCCCUCGAGUCUCAUAAGCAUCAUUCAGAACGACUGGCCGUACUCAGUGCCGCUUGAAGUUGAACAUUCUGUGAUCUGGACGAAAAUACCCAUUCUUCCGCGACCGUCGCUGAUUAUGCCUCACAUCGCGGCGAACCUUCCAUACGACUUACAGCAGAAGCUUACCGCCCGUCUCGCGCAGGAUGGACUACGGGGCUUCACAGGCUCGGUGGACCCGCCACCUUCUGUGUCGCUUCUUGCAGACAAUCUCGGAGCAUUGAGUGAUUGGGGGAUUACGAUUGACAAGCUCAUCAUCAGUCCGAAGGGAACGCUAGAGGAGGAGGAAGCUGUUAGACAGUCCAGUCUGGAGGUGCAGAGGUUUGUGGCGAGACGGUGGAUAGAACGCGAAUGGGAGACUGCUUGGUUUGUCAACCCUCCUAGACUUCAGAGUGUGAAAGGCCUUGCUCAUAUACAUGUCUUUGCAAGAAAGAAGAACCCAGAGGAAGUGGCAGCAUGGAACGCUUUAGACAACUAA